AUAAGAAAAUAGGAAGGGGGCAAACACUUUUUCACAACUGUAUGUAAAAAAGAAUAUCUGAUUACCAAAAUUGAAAACGUAAUACCUUUCACAAAGAGUAUUUAAAUAAUAAAAUAUUCAGGUCCAGCCGUAGUGAAAGACUAAAGCUUAACCCUUCCAUCAGCAUGCAAUCAACGGGCAGAUCCAGACCACUUUUCCCUCACUAAUACAAAUAUGUGUGUCUUUCAGGUGUAGCUGUUAGUGUCCUGAGGAAAUGCCGCUGAGGUUACGCUCUGUUGUGCCCUACACACUGCCUGGAGUCCUUGCACUGAUCGGCUGGUGGUGGUACAUCUCGCGGAAGAAAGAGCGGCUCAUCAGCCAUGACAGCCCAGACGGGGCUCCAACAGCUCCGGGUCUUAGAGCAUCUCCAGCAGAGGGUAGCAACGGUUUGGUUGAGAAAGGCACUGUAUCCCCCACAAAUGACACAGAAAGCCCCACCCACAGACCCCCAAAGGUCAGUAACCUGAGAACAGAACAUGAGAAUAUUUCCCAAAUCCAUGGCACUGAAGCAGCACCUUCAAUGAAACCCAAUUCUGAAGAAGCUGCCCCUCAGCUUGACAGAAUAAAACAAGAGGAAGUCCAUAAACCCUCAGUCUCGAUUCUGCUAUCACCUGGCAAAGAAGACAGUCUGCAGGUGUCAUUGACAGACCACACAGACCCAGAGAAAAGCUCAACGCCUGUCUUGGUAAAAGAACUGGAGAAGCACCUAGUCAAAGAUCCAGCCUGUGCUCCAGAAGCCACAGUAGAAGAGGUCAUCUUGCCUACCCAAGUCACCAGCUCCUCCCCCACAACAACACACCUUUCUGAUGCAGAGAGGCCGGAGCCAGAAGGGGAAGUUGCAAAGCACUACAGCACUGUUAAUAUGCAAGAUGAGCUGGUUGUUUGUUCAGCCACCCCAGCCAAAGUGCAGAGAGUGAUCCCAUCAGAGGGAGACUCUCUAGAGACACCCCCUUCAGCGCGGGAGUUCCACCAACACAUUCUAACCAGCACACCUACCUCCCUGACCCCGACCUCCACAGCCCUGACAACGGUCCAAGAUAUCACCACCAUAUCAGAGACCCAAGAGGACAUCCAGGUACACAGCAGCCAUGGAGAGGAGCAGGAUCUGGAACGAUUAGCGGCUGGACUCAUAACUGAGGUCAUCUCAGCAGCUACCCUGGAGAUCCUUGGUGUCACCAGCUGCCAAGUCACACAGCCCAGCUGCAGUAAUAGAACACCACUGGCUAGCGGCAGACUGUACUCCCAACAGGAGCCAAUCGCAGCAGCACAGCAGCACCACCAUCUACUGACUAGCCCCUCUCAGAUAGGCAAUGAGUCUAGAGAGGCCAGAGAGACGGGAGAGCAAGGGAUGCCGAACGGAUGCUCCUCGGCUCCAGUAUGGGAGCCGAUUGAGGUCAGUCACAGGGCUCAUCAGACAAACCAUGCACAGAGAGACGAUUGGCUAACACCCUCACAUCAAGCAGCACAAAGUAACGUUUUGCUAAACAUGAAACUGAAAGGUGAUGAAGCAGCAGUGCUGGCCGACGACUCGGCCUGCAGCACAUGCCACUCUGAGGAUGGCAUCAGCAAUGAGGACCUCCAGAACAGCAUGUUCAAAAACCAAAUUGAUGUGAUCCAGGUUACAGACUUGUCAGAAAAAGAAGCCACACAGCCUCAAUCUCUGGAGACUGCCACGGAGGCAACUGAAGAAAACUCCCUGGUGGCUGUGUGCGAGAUGAGAAAGAGACUCAAUGGAAUGGGCCUCAGGAAUGGAGCUCACGGGACAUGCGAGUUGGAGACGGACCAGUCUGGAGGAUCUGAUGUGAACAGUAUGGACUCGGUGGACAGCGGCUGCACUAUGGGUGCUGGGGAAAGCCAGACCAACCACGCUGCCUCCUCGAGCUCUGAGCUGGUCAUCUGGGAGAUUGAGGUGCCGAAGCAUCUUGUGGGGCGGUUAAUAGGGAAGCAGGGAAGAUAUGUGAGUUUCCUGAAGCAGAACUCUGGCGCAAAGAUCUACAUCUCCACCCUGCCUUAUACACAGGAGUUCCAGAUCUGCCACAUAGAGGGUACACAGCAGCAGGUUGACAAAGCCCUGUCCUUGAUUGGGAAGAAGUUUAAAGAUCUGGACAUGACCAACCUAUAUGCACCGCCGCCGCCCCCACUAACAUUGCCAUCGCUUCCCAUGACCUCCUGGCUCCUGCUCCCCAGUGGAGUGACCGUUGAAGUGAUCGUGGUGAACAUCGUGUCAGCCGGUCACGUCUUUGUCCAGCAGCACACCCAUCCCACCUACCACGCUCUGCGCAGCCUCGACCAGCAGAUGUUCCUCUGCUACUCGCAGCCGGGCACCCCUGCCCUGCCCUCCCCUGCUGAAGUGGGUGUGAUCUGUGCAGCUCCUGCGGCAGAGGAAGCCUGGUGGAGAGCUCAGGUCAUCACCUUCUAUAAAGAAACUAAUGAAGUGGAGAUCAGAUACGUCGACUAUGGAGGCUACGACCGAGUUAAGAUCGACUCACUACGGCAAAUACGGUCUGAUUUUGUAACACUACCAUUUCAAGGGGCUGAAGUAUUGCUUGACAACAUCGCCCCACUUCCAGGAGAGGAUCGUUUUUCACCAGAGGCCACAGCAGCGCUGGAGGAGAUGACCAGAGGAGUGGCAUUGCUUGCACAGGUGUCAAACUACGACAACAACACAGGCCUCCCUCUGGUCCACCUGUGGAACAUGGUCGGAGAAGAGGUGAUUUCAGUGAACCGUACGCUAGCAGAGAGGGCCCUGGGUGUUUGGGUGGAUGGAUUUUGAACUCCCUCAUGCUCUGAGCUUCACCCCCUUAUUCUCUUGUGAACAGCUGUCUUGGACCCGGGUCAUCCUGAGGUCCCAGCCCCACCAGACACGCCGGUGGAUCUAAGAAGAUUGUUUUUUCUUUCAUUGCUCUUUUUUGUCCUAUUUUUUUUUUCCUGACCCCCAUUUCUUUGAAAAGAAAUUAAAAAUUGUUUUCAGGCAAAAUCUACAAGAACAGCACUGCUUCAAAAUAAGACGACCUCCCCUCUUGUUCUUGUCCACAAAAAUAACUUAAAGAAGGAAAGGAACAGGUACUUGUUAAAAAAUAAAUUCAAAAAAACAAACAUUUUUAAAUCUAUAUUGUAACUAAAUAAAGGUUCAACCAAUAUUUUUUUCCUCCCACAUCCCAACUUAAUUUUUGCUCCGGGCCUUUGCUCACCGACUGUGGAUCAUUGUGCUGUGUGGAAGGACAAAUGCCUCCAUCAGACUUGUCGACACUUGUGAACAGUUUUGACUUUCAUUGAUGCCUCGGUUAUCAUCAUCUGUAGCUCACUACAUUUCAAAGAAGAUUUAUCUGAUAUUUUGGGGUUCUUGUCUGGAUAGAAUGUGUUGGGGGGGCAGAAAGUCUGUAGAGACUGAUGAGUGACAGCAUAGCACAGAGGAGACAAGGCCAGAGGCUGGUCCCUGGUGGAGCACCCAGCUGGUCUGCCCAGCAGUGUUGCAUUAAGAGACAUGGAUUUCUCUGGGGUGUACGUCCAGAGCUGCUGCUCCACCUCCAACCAGGACGGAGGACAGAGCGGGUUCCCUUUGCUCUGCCUUUCACCACCAACUUGCACUGCGUUAUCGAGGAGCCAGGGAUUUCAACGUACUAGACAAAAUGCAGUUGACCAGUUUUUCAUAUUUGAGCUCAAAGUUGGGCAAGAUUUCCUUAACUCAACAUUUCCAAAAUGCAUUUUUCAGACAGCAUGUCAGCAAGGCAACGUACGGCUGACGAUGCAGAUCAUUACGGAUGGGCUGUUUGUUAAAGACUGACAGAACUGUAAAGAUCCACUCCCAUUGUGUGAUGGCACCUCUAAAUUAAGUAUCCCCACAGUUGAGAUAAAAAAUCAGUUAAACAAUUCCGUACGACGACAACUCCUUGGAAAAUGUUGCUAAUUAACAGCACCAUUACUGAUUUGGCAUUUUUUUUUUUUUAUCUAUCAAAACUAACAAAUGAUCAAACAUUUCAAUCUGAAGGACAGCGAAGCGGCUAGAGGUCUGUGUUGACUCAUUUUCACAUGUUGGUCAAUGUCUCAUGGUUGUCCUCUGGUUUCAUAAUUCCAAAGAACAGGAUGCCAUAAUCAUACGGUUAGUGAGGGAACCACCAAACUGACUGAAGGAAGCACUACACAAGAGUUGGUUUCCAGUGCUGCUCGUCAGUAUGGACCUAAUAUUAACUGUUUGUCUAAAUCCAGUUUGUGUCAUUAGAGCGCAUGGUAAAGCAGCCUCACUGUCCACCUGUGUGUCGCCACAGACAGCAGGGCCUUGUUCUUCAUGUGGAUGAGGUGAUUCAUCACUUCUUUAGCUAAUAUAUGAUAUGAAUCAGUUGUCAUAGCAACAAGUCCUCAACCCAAACCUGAAAGUUGACAUAAUUCAGAUUUUAGGGGCCUGUAUCAACAAGCUAAUUCAACUUCCACUGACUUUCUUUGGGAGCAGUGGCUUCACUGAGCCUGGCGUUGGUGAUGCAGGAUAACUGGUCUCAUGAAGCUGGCUCAUCACAGUGAAGUAUUAAGAAAACACUUUACAGCUGAAACGGUGACACGGGUGAGGAUUGAGGCAGCAAAAGAAAUGUUGAUAGUAGAAAUGCACAACUUGAAGAAAACACGAUUUAAGUAUUAAAAGUAAGGAUAUAAAUACGUGUUGGAAUGAUGGCUUUCUAAAUUAUGUUUGGCUUUUAACAUGUAGUUCUCCCAAAAUAAACCUCAAAUCUGAUGUGUGAUGCACAUGAAAAGUAAUAAUAGCUGAUCAGGUCUAUCUGACCAAAACAAUUAUAAUUGAAUGGGAGCUAGUUAAGUGUUUGCUGUAUUUUAUUAGAAAAUAGAACCAAAGUAUAAGUCAUGUUAAUGUGCUCUGAAGUGAUGGAAUAAGUGUAAAUGCAUCAACACUGUCUGGAAACAAUGAAAGCGCAGAUGAAGUCACAGUUAAUUACUAUUUAGUGAGAUAGACACUGCUGUUUGUUAGAAGCCCUGUUCUAACCCACAGUGAUUCAAAAGGCUACAGUAAUAAGAGCAUCAUGUUUCUAUAGGCCAGGAGAAUCACAGUCAGGAUCCUGGGGGAGGGAUGACUCCUUUUCUAGUGAUCUGAUUGGUUUGAAGGGCAGUUGACAGAUUGUGAUUGGAUCUCCUGAAGUAGCAGUGCAGCAUAUGUUACCAUGGUAAUCUCUGCUUCUGUAGACAUGAGCCAGUUAGCCACUAAUCUCACUUUGUGAUACAGGCCCCUGAUGGAAACCUUUCUAGUUUUUGAGAAUGAUCACAGUGUGGGUGUAAUUCUACAUUUCUUCAAAAGCAUGUCUUCAUUGCAAAAUAAGAGCACGGUGUCACUCAUAAUGUCAUCCAAGUUUAACAAAUCAAUUAUUUUACUGUGUUUGACAAACCGAGUCUUCUGGAUGAGACCAUUAUAGCUGUCUAUCGUCACGUUAGCCUGAGUGCUGUUUAUUAUGAAAAGCUUGGCUUGAGUGAGCCUGACAAACCAGGGUUGAAUUUUCUUCUAAACAACCCAAAAUGAAUGUGGCCAGAUUAAUAGAAACAUGGUGAUAGAACACAGACAUGAAGGACGGAUCACCUCAAUUCAACACGCCUAAUAGAAAAUCAUGACUUUAUGAAACUGUAAAUGAGCUUGAUCUAUUUCAGCCGUCCUUGUAAUGUUUUGAUGAAACACCCCUCUGGAUUAGCUCAACUACGUAUGAAGAACACGGUCCUGCUGAGCAGGGAGACCCACAGUCCUGCAAGUUUCUUUUCAGUCCAGUCUUGCUACUGUAGUAUAGAUUGCAUUAUUUUUCAGACAUUGAAUCAUAAUGUUCUAAAUAAUAAUAAUGUAAUUCUAAAUAACAAACUCUGUCUAUUUCUUAUUUUCUAUUAAGUCUCUUUUCAAUGAAAAAUGAAAUCACUGUUACCCAAGCAAUAAGGCAGCUUUAUUUUGAAAUUGAAGGACAGAAUGUGGAAAGGAGUGGGCUUUAAGUGCUCCAUAUAACACGACUACAAACGGAGCACGUUCUCUGCAUAACAUAACACAUGUAAAUGACACUUUAAAAACUCCUCAAUAAUACAUCUUGUCAAUAAUGUAUCUCAGGAAUGGUUGGUUAGGUGGUUGGUUAGGGACUCAACAGGCCUGAGGGCAGCUGAUGGAGGAAAGGGGCAUGAUUGUGCUUGAACAGAGAGAAUUCCGAUGUAAAGGAAAUUAGGCAUUUUGACGAAGAAUAACAUAAAAGACAUUUAUGAGUUCUUGAAGAAGGUGUCCUUAUGUUGGUGCUGGAAUCGGAGCAGUAGCCAUAUUGUCUCUUGUUGGCUUGUGUGCAUACUUCCUCUCUGUUCCAUACAAACUGUCUAAUCCCGUCUGUCCCCCUUUUUUAAAUCCAGAUAAAUAACCCUCACCACACCUUAAGACAUCAUUUUAAUCGAACUAGAGUUUUGUUCAUUUCUCUGUAAAUAAGAUGUUUGACUGUACUUUUCUAUAACACUGGAGAGAAAGAGGUAUAAAGGGAACAUUAUUGGUAUUUUUUUCUGUUUGGUUUGUUCUGGUUCAUCCUGCCUCCCCUUUUUCAAUCAAUGUUCUCAAGCUGUGAGAUAAGUGUUUGCAUAGCUAGACAAGUCAUCAUUUGAUUAUUUAAAUGGGUGUUAAGGUCGUCUGCCCAAAAGCAUUUAACAUGUACAGACCAGUUUUGCUAGGCUCAUCUUAAGUUUGAUUUGUUGAUUGUACAGAUCUAUUAAGGGAAAAAAAUAAAGUUAUUGAAAGUG